UACUCUCCAGUCUCUCCACCAGCGAGUGCUUCGAGAUUAUACAUAAUACAUUGGUAGCAAGUAAUACGAAGGUUAAAGAAAAAAAAAAAAGGGAUCUGGUAUAAGCAAGUGUCGGUGAUAGAUGGCGGAUGACAGGAAAGUCAAGAUGCAUCAGGACAUCGCGGCCUUCGCGGAGGACAACUUUGAUCCGAUCGACUGGCUGAACGGGCUCAACAAGACGGAGGAGGUGCGUGCGAACAUCGAGACGACUCUAGCAUCCACGCUGAUGAAGCUACAGCUGUACAUCCAACAAAUCAACGCCUCGCUCGAGGAGACUAAUCAAGAUGUUUUGGUGAACAUGCCAAAAAUCCUCCGUGACACGCAGCUGUUGCAGCAGGAAGCUGUUUUUCUCAAGGAAAAAAUGCAAACUGUCAAAGCUGAAUUGGAAGAUGUAGAAAAAGGCGCGUUCUCGUCGAUCCACAAGCUCGAGGAGCUAGACAGAAUGAAGGAAGAACUGAUAAGCCGUGAUGCUAGUCUGAAGGAGGCAGACAAUUGGGUGGCUUUGGCCAAUGACGUGGAGGACGUAUUCGAGUCUGGCGACGUUGUCAAUGUAGCGGUAAAACUCUUUGAGAUGCAAAAGUCACUCACAAAGCUAGCCAACGCUCCUGACCACGAGGAUAAAAAACUGCAGCUCGAGGGACUCAAAAAUCGACUCGAGGCCGCUGCUAGUCCGAAACUCGUGCAGGCUUUCACUGUCGGCAGCUUAGAUCAGUCCAAAAUUUACGUGGAUAUUUUCACGAAAAUCGACCGCCUACCUCAGCUGCUCAAAUACUUUCACAACUGCCUGAAAAUUACUUUGACCCAAGAAUGGAGGAAAACCAUCGAAUUCGCCCAGGACGAGAAUAUUACCUACUGGCUGAAAAUGUACUUGGACAAACUCCUAUCUUCAUGGCACGAUCAGGUGAAAUGGUGCAGCCAGGUGUUCCCAGCCAAUACAGUCCUGGUUACUUUGGUCGAGCUCUACGCUGAUCUGCUGCUGAGUCUCGAACCCAGUCUACCCCACUGCGUCGAGUCGGCCCUCAAGCAGCAAUCUAACGCCAUAAAGCUGUCCAUCUUGCUGGAGCUGAAGCAAACGAGCCGGCAAUUCGCCGCAAACUUGCAGAGCGCAAUGGACGCUCGCGCCGAGAGAAUAACGAACGACGACAGCGACAAGCUCUCCGCGCUGGCCCGCGCGAUUUACGCGGCUUACGUGCCGUACGUCGCCAAGUACGGGAUCUACGAGGCCGCACACCUCAACCAGCAGCUUAACUCGCUCGGUUUCAAUCACGAGGACCUCAGCGAUAUAAUCAGCACGCUCUCGCUCAGUGUCCCCAAGGCCAUGGGAUACGCCGACGAGGCUAACGAGCGCUGCAAGCUCUUUACAGAGGGCUGCGGUUAUCCUGGUCUCGUUAAGGCUCUCAAUACUUUUUUUAACAAUUAUCAAGAAAAAUUCAAAAUAGGAAUGAAGCAAUUGAACAAGCGUAAGGUCAAGCACGAGGAUUGGAAUCUGUUUCAGAUGUGCCUGACGCUCAUGCAAACGACAGGGGAGUUUUUAGGUCAUGUGGAACAAUUGGAAAAAACUUUGUUAAAUGACAUUUCAGACACCUACGCGAAGCUGCAAGAUCCCCAAGCCAGCGUUUUUAAUCGAUACGUAAACCUACUUUUAUCCGAAUCAGCUCAAACGGAAUUUCACGAUUUCGUUGCGUCGGUGAAAAAAGACGAAAAAACUCUUCUCGAUCCCACGGUGAAGACAGUCCAGAAACUAUGUUCGGACCUCCAUCGAUCCACUUACGAGGUAAUCUUUGCUCCUAUCUUCACCCAAUUGCUACAAAUCAGAAAAGCACCAGCCUGGUCCUCAUCGGAAGCCAAGAAAAUGCCACCGAUAAGCUCCGACUUGCCAGACUACAGUUUUGCUCCUCAAGAGUACAUCACGCAAGUGGGACAGUACUUGAUGACUCUGCCCCAGCACUUGGAGCCAUUUCUCUUGAGGGACAAUCCGAGCUUGACCAAAGCUCUGAAAGCUGCUGACCCGCAGUACAGCCAGGAAUCGUGCGAGUCUGGAUUCACGAACGUAUUGUUGGAAAUCGUGGCAAAGGAGACUUGUCAGAUGUUUCAGGAUCAGACAUGGAGCAUAUACGAACUGAACACGGCCGCUUGCAAGCAGCUCGCGACUGAUAUCGACUAUCUUGGCAACAUAUUCGAAGAACUUGGGCUGUCGUUGUCCGAAAAUAUGCAGCAAAUGUCGCAGUUGCUGUGGUUGUCACCAGACGAUUACCAAGCUGGCAGUUCGGGUUGCAAUCCACGUGUCGUCGCUGCUGUCAGACAGAUGAGGAACAUCACGUCAUCCGGAUAAGCAACUAAUGCUCGAGCAAAGAGUUUGUAAAAUAAUUGAUAUUGUAAAUAAGUAUAA